GGAAGUAGAUCUAUAUCUUCAAAAAAUGAUCAAUACGCUUUGUGGCGAUUUUACCAUCUACAGAAACUCACCACCUGUAAUGCUUGUGUAUUUCAUUACAUCUUACUACAUUUUACAUCGAUAUUGAACUAGAUCUAGCUACAGAACAUACCAACAAAUACACUGUAAUUAAACUUUUUGUAAUUAUUUACUUAGAAUAGAACAUUGAAAUAAGAUAAUGAAACGAAAGAUUAAGAAUUCAGACGAAGCCCAAGAAACAGAGAAGGAGGAAGUCCAAGACAAUGCCGAGGUCAAGGCCAAGGCUCCCAAACGAAGGCGUAAGUUUGCUGAUCUUACAAUUAUUGACGAGCCACGACUGGAAUCGAAGCCAGAAAGUAGUUAUUGGGACAGACUCCCUUACCCAAUAGGUGUUGAAAUCUGCCGCUACUUGAAUAAUGCCGACAGAAGCUCUAUGUCAAGGGUAUGUCGAGCAUGGUACAACAUUUUUAAGGAUCCUUCGCUCUGGAGAAAGAAGCAGUUCUUACUUGGAGGACCAUAUUCGAAAGUAACAAGUAGAAAAACCCUUCGCUUCACCACGAUGUUUGGUAGCUGCCUUCAAGAGGCCAGGAUCGUCUGCUACCACAGGACGUCCAAUACCUGCAAGAUCAUUUAUGAAACAAUGGAGAAGAUGAUGGAUAACAUGACGCUGUCUAAACUGAAUCGCCUGGACAUCAAGGACCUAGAACUGGACAGAUUCUACUGGAAGUAUUCAUCUCUCAGAGAUAAAGUCACAGAAUGUCUUGUCAAAAUGUUUCAACUACAAAACAAUCUAAAGCACGUACGGAUGGAGUUGUGUCAGUUUACUUUAACGGAAGGGGCAGCCAUUUUAAACGCUCUGUUGCAAUCGUCAGGUCACAAUGUCUGUUGUCUUCACCUCCUUGACUAUUUCGAUUCAUUUUUUACGUUAAGCGACCAAGAAAUUUUUACAAGCAUAAUCAGUAACUUUACCAAUCUAAAAAACCUAAGUCUAAAUUACUGCUACAUUUCGAAUGAGUUGCUUAUGAAUCUCUCGGUCGUACUGAAAGACAAGCUGAAAUGCCUUACUAUUCGUGCUUCUGUAAUAGAGGAUCACUAUCAUGUGAUUACACCCGGGACAUGGAAAUUGUUAAACGCUUCCUGUCCAGCGGUCAAGGUCAGACUGAGCCUACUCAGAAUAGCAGACUCGGAGACAAUCAUCCCGAUGUUAGCCCAGGGCAUGCCGUUGUCUCGCUUCUCUAUGACCUCGGAGAUGGAGAGCGCUUUUGAUGCACAUCUAUCUCAAACCUUGACACAUCUAGUCCACAACUUCCAACUCACACUAGAGGAAGUCAACUUACACUUUAACUGCUUACAGGACUCUGUGGACAAUGAGCUCAUUAGCAUAGUACAACAAUGUCGCAACUUGAAGACUUUGCGUGUCAUGGCUAAUGCAGGAGUUGUGGUGGCCAAUGCUAUCUGCACUGCCUUGAAAGACCGUCGACAACUGCGUAAGGUAGAAUUCACCGUGAAUGAAUACAGCGACGAUCCCAAUUCAGAGCGACUCAGAAGUGUACUGAGAAACAUUCAAGACAUGCUGAAUGAAGUCCGACUAGUCAGAGACAUUUCAGUGGCUACAAUAAACUAAAGAAAACCUUACAGAAUAUAAGCUGAAAUGCUUAAAACAACA